AUGGAGAGUUCACCGUGCCCGGCCCACUUGGAUCAGGUUUCGCCUCCGCAUUCCCUUCCGGAACACACCUGGGAGACGGAUAUGUCGCGCCCUACUUCUCCCUCAGAUGUCCAUGAAGACGUAACGCCUCUGCCACAGCGGCUUGCCAAAUUAGCACACAUGGUCUCGGAGAACGCCAACGUGUCAAGUGAGGAUACGACCACGGCCCACCACUGCCUCAACACUCUGGAAGCCCUGUUGGACCCACGACCGAAACUCACUCAGGAAGUCGUCAAAUGCCGACCUACACGUUCCUGCCCAGAAAUUUCACACCCCGUGGCUUCCGCAGCCUCCUGCUCUGCCCCGAUGGAAUACCGUGCUUCAUCCGCCUUCGCGCCUUCGCGCUCGCAACUCAUGGCUCUUUUGAACGAAGUAACCGCAUUAAAUGCCGACUUGAACCAACGCCGCAAAGAAUCAUCUCAAAUAUAUGACAUCCUUAGGCGUGAAUCCCAGGGGUUGUCGCGAAGGAUAUCGGAGCUCGAAAACGUGGUCCACGAGCUGGAAACAGACAUAAUGGAAGGCUCAGCAGAACGUGAAGCACUUCAUGGUACGGUUCGCGGACUCGAAGCCUGGGUUAACGGAUGGCAGAGCGAACCUAAACCGGGGACAUCGCGACAAAACAAAACAAAGCGGUGGAUACGGCGUAAGCCCGAGGAGCGCUAUGAGACCGAUGCCGAAGCACUUGUAGAGGGUAUAACGGCGUGGAUGCGUGGCUGGAAAGAUGUCGAAGAAGGCUUCCGCUUGCCGGAUCUGAGAUUAAAUGCGGCUGAAAGCGACUCCGGCGUAAGAAAACCGAGACCGAGGAUUUGCCGAAGAACUGAUGCGAAGCCCAAGACAAAGGAAGAUUCUGACAUUCCGUAA